UUGCGUACUAAAAUAUCUCCCCGGCCUUGCUCCUCUUCAUCCCUCCUCCUUUUUCAAGUCCCAAAGCGACAAGAAGAGAGUCCGCUCCGCAGGCAUGGCUCCCUUGCAACUGCUCAGCCCCCUCCGCCCGCCUCCUCCUCCGCCUCCGUCCUCGCAGUCAUUGAGCUCCAUUCGUGGCCGAAAAUACAUAAAAUCUUCAUUAUGUAAGAUCGUAUCAGGCAAGGAGGCAAUUGCUACACACGUGUUGGCUUCUUUUGCAGCUUCUUUUAUGUUCGUUUCCUUGCCCUCCCAGGUGGUUGCUGCUGAAGUAUCACAAUACAUGAAUUUAUGUCAGAUUGCAACAGCUAUUGACACUCCAAAAUUUAGUGGCAUGAAUAACGAAGGAAAUCAGAAAUUUAUGGUGAUGAGGGGCAUGACAACUGAGAAUUUUGAUCCAGUAAGAUAUUCAGGAAGGUGGUUUGAAGUAGCUUCACUUAAACGUGGAUUUGCAGGCCAAGGUCAGGAAGAUUGCCAUUGUACACAGGGCAUAUAUAGCUUUGAUGCUCAGACUCCAUCAAUCCAAGUAGACACUUUCUGUGUCCAUGGUGGUCCUGAUGGUUAUAUUACUGGUAUACGGGGGAAGGUUGAAUGUCUUUCUGAGGAGGACACAGAAAAAACUGAAACUAAUUUGGAAAGGCGAGAGAUGAUCAAAGAGAAAUGUUACCUGCGUUUUCCAACACUUCCUUUUAUACCUAAGGAACCUUAUGAUGUGAUUACCACUGACUAUGAUAACUUUUCUAUUGUAUCUGGGGCUAAAGAUAAAAGCUUCGUUCAGAUAUACUCGAGAACUCCAAAUCCUGGACCCUUGUUUAUUGAGAAGUACAAAAAGUACCUGGAAAAUUUUGGAUACAAUCCUGCAAUGAUAAAAGAUACACCCCAGGACUGUGAAGUUAUGUCCUCCAGCCAGCUAUCUUCGAUGAUGUCAAUGUCUGGAAUGAAGGCAGCUUUAACAAAUCAAUUUCCCAAUCUAGAGUUGAAGGCUCCAAUUGAGCUUAACCCAUUCACGAGUAUCUUUGACACAUUGAAAAAGUUAAUUGGGCUCUAUUUCAGUAAUUUUAAAGCUUGAUGUAUUUACUCAAUGUAGCGUUCUGAUUUUUUUUUUUGUUAGUACUUUCCUACGAUGUUAUGCUGAACCAGAGCAGAAUCACAGAUUUUUAACUUGAUAUACAUAAGCUCUCUGUUCUGUGUAAAGUUAGAUUGCUAUUUUAUUUCAUUUUGUUACGUUUUUUGAAUUUGA